GCAUUCGAUUCUCAGUCUCUCACUGGCUAAAAGAAAGUGCUUGAAAGAAAGUUGUUGUUUGUGCUGUGGCUUAAACUAUUUGUUGUGUGUUUCCUAAUCAGAAUUAGCAGAAUUAACUAACUUCGAGAUCGCAAAUUCGAAUAUGUUCAAAUAUAAUGGAUAAAUCUCUGUGUAUCUGCAUACGAAGACAUAAAUCACAGUCUUAAAAUCGAGAACAACUUUCUUUACGGUUGAGGAAGUGAUUCUAGAUUCAAGAUGUACUAUCUGAACAACGAGCCAGCCGCCCUUCCAUCUCCCGCAAAUCUCGCCCCACGGGAUGUGCACUCAUCCACAUUGGAGCUGAAGACGGUGUCUAUAAAUCCGGAUGAUACCUACACUGUUCAGCAGGCGAUCAAUGCCUUCGGUUUCGGAUGGUUUCACGUCAAGCUGUCGCUCUUGGUGGGGCUCUGCUGGAUGUCCGACUCCAUGGAAAUGGCCAUUCUCAGCAUAUUGGGCCCGUCUUUGUUCUGCGAGUGGAAUGUCACCAAGUUCCAGCAGGCAUCCGUCACAACAGUGGUGUUUUUGGGCAUGAUGUUGAGUUCCAGUUUUUGGACACAGCUGAGCAACAGAUAUGGCCGGAAGUCGGCCCUCACAUUGUUCGGAGUACUACUAGUGCUGUAUAGCAUUCUCAGCUCGGUGGCUCCCAGUUACGCCUGGCUCCUGACCCUAAGAGGUCUCGUAGGCUUCGCCAUCGGCUGCGUUCCACAGUCAGUUACCUUGUACGCUGAGUUUCUGCCCACCAAGCACAAGGGAAAGUGCGUCGUAUUGAUGGACUGCUUCUGGGCCUUGGGAGCUUGCUUUGAAGUGGUCCUAGCACUGGUUGUGUAUCCCUAUUACGGAUGGCGAGGUCUCUUGGCCCUUUCGGCUACACCCCUACUCAUUUUUACCAUCCUAUCGCCGUGGCUCAGUGAAUCGGCUCGCUAUUACUCUUACAACGGUCACAAUGAUAAGGCCAUCAAGGUUCUGGAACAGAUAGCUCACAACAACAAGCGCCACAUGCUGAUGGGUCGGCUGAUGGCCGACGACGAGCCCAGUUGCGCGGAGAGCUUUAGAUCCCUGCUCAGCCCGAGCCUGUACAGGACCACCAUCCUGUUGUGGUUCCUCUGGCUGGCCUCGGCCUUUUGCUACUACGGCCUGGUGCUGGUCACGACCGAGCUGCUGGUGGCCAGGAACAAGGAGAGCCAUCCCAAUGAGUGCGUCACCUUCAUGACCUCCGACUUUAUGGACCUGCUGUGGAUCACCCUGUCCGAGUUUCCUGGAAUACUGCUGACCAUCAAGGUGGUCAAGCUGUUUGGCAAGAAGAAAACCAUUGUUCUGCAGUACCUGGCGCUGGUUCUGUGCACUCUGGUGCUGAUGUCGGUGGAAAGUCGCUUCUCCACUUCCGUAACCCUCUUCAUUGCACGCGGCACGAUAUCCGGCAUCUUCCAGGCCAUUUAUGUGUACACUCCGGAAAUAUACCCAGCUGCCUUGAGAUCCGUCGGAGUUUCGGGCUGUUCCGUGCUGGCCAGACUCGGCGCCAUGCUGACCCCUUUCGUGGCGCAGGUGCUGAUGGACUCGUCCAGAAUUCAGGCCAUGUCCACGUACGCAAUCGUGGGCCUGCUGGCCUCCAUAGCCUGCGUCUUUCUGCCCAGGGAAACUGUUGGCUACCACUGAGUGCACUGAUUACCAUAACUUAUUAUCUAUAACUACUAUUAAACCCAUUAGUCCCU